AGGCCUCAAGCCAGCAUGAUUUUGCCCCCAGGGAACAUUCACAAGGGCUGGAGACAUUAUGAUUGCCAAGGUUGGGACAGGCUUGUUGGAAGAAUCCUGAUACACACCCACAAUGGCUACUAUGCAGCUCUCUUAUGCCCCUAGAACACGCAAGACAUCGAAGGAAACGGUUUUCCCAACCCAAAUCACUAAUGAGCAACAGUCAUUGAUAAUGGUGAAGAAACUCUUUGCUACUUCAAUCUCCUGUAUAACCUAUCUAAGGGGCCUGUUUCCAGAGAGUUCUUAUGGAGAACGCCAUGUGGAUGACCUAAAUUUAAAAAUUCUUCGAGAAGACAAGAAAUGUCCCGGGUCACUGCAUAUUAUCAAAUGGAUUCAAGGUUGUUUUGAUGCUUUGGAAAAGAAAUACCUGCACAUGGCUGUGCUCACACUUUACACAAAUCCCAAGGAACCUGAGAAAGUAACUGAGAUAUACCAGUUCAAAUUCAAAUACACAAAAUAUGGAGCCACUAUGGAUUUUGACAGCAGUAAUACAAGUAUUGACAGUAGAGGAAGCACUGAAGAUAUUAAGAGAGCCAGUAUCCUACUGAUCCGAAAAUUAUACAUACUGAUGCAGAACCUUGAACCCCUUCCUAAUGAUGUGAUUCUCACCAUGAAACUCCAUUAUUAUAAUGCAGUGACACCACAUGAUUACCAACCCCCUGGCUUUAAAGAGGCGGUCAACUCCAACUUCCUAUUGUUUGACGGGGAUCCUGUGAACAUGCACGUGGGGAUGGUCUCCACUGGCUUUCAUAAAAUAAAAGUAAAGGUGACCACAGAGACCAGCAGAGUGUCUGACCCGGAGGAUGACAUGACUGAGAUUGUCCAUCAGGGCCUGGAUUAUGAUGAUGAUGAGGAGGAGGAGUACAACAAUCAAAUCCAAAGGAUGAAUUUUAUGUGCAGUCAGGAAGGUUCUGAGCGCUCCCAGAAGAGGAGGAAGGUCAGCGAGCCCUCGACAGCCUUCAUCUCCAACAGGGAAGGAAAGGCAGACACCUGCACCACAUGGAUGUAA